AUGGACAAUCUCCUAAUUUUAGUUACUCAUGUCAGAUUAUUUUACAAAAUUUCAAUUUCUCUCUGUGGGACAUCUAAUGAUACAGGUCCUGUAGAGAUGCAUUUAGAAAAUGGACAGGGUGGAGCUAUGGUCCUGCCUUCUAAUUCAUCUGAUCGGUCUGACAGAUCUGACAAACCUAUGGACCAAAAGGUUUUGCGACGGCUUGCCCAAAAUCGUGAGGCAGCAAGAAAAAGUCGGUUGAGAAAAAAGGCAUAUGUGCAACAGUUAGAGAGCAGUAAGCUAAAACUUGCAAGCCUGGAGCAAGAACUCCAGAAAGCUCGACAACAGGGAAUCUUCAUAUCCAGUUCCGGAGAUCAAACCCAUGCUAUGAGUGGAAAUGGAGCUAUGACCUUCGAUUUAGAAUAUUCUCGAUGGCAAGAGGAACAAAAUAAGCAGAUAAAUGAGCUGAGGACUGCAGUAAAUGCUCAUGCAAGUGAUAGUGACCUCCGUCUUAUCGUCGAUGGGAUAAUGGCACAUUAUGAUGAGAUAUUCAGGCUGAAGGGCAUUGCUGCAAAGGCUGAUGUGUUCCAUAUACUUUCAGGCAUGUGGAAAACACCUGCUGAAAGGUGCUUCUUGUGGCUUGGGGGUUUCCGUUCGUCUGAGCUUCUAAAGCUCCUUGUGAAUCAGCUUGAGCCUCUAACUGAGCAACAAUUGAUGGGGCUAUCCAAUCUCCAGCAAUCCUCCCAGCAGGCUGAGGAUGCAUUGUCACAAGGAAUGGAAGCAUUGCAGCAAUCGUUGGCAGAAACGCUGGCUGGGUCCCUUGGUCCAUCAGGAUCUUCUGGGAACGUGGCAAACUAUAUGGGUCAAAUGGCUAUGGCCAUGGGAAAACUUGGUACACUCGAGAAUUUCCUUCGUCAGGCUGACAAUCUACGACAGCAGACCUUGCAUCAGAUGCAACGCAUCCUGACAAUCCGACAAGCCGCUCGCGCGCUUCUUGCAAUCCAUGACUACUUUUCACGUUUGCGCGCCCUGAGUUCUCUUUGGCUUGCUAGGCCACGAGAGUAA